GUAGAGGGUUGAGUAUUGUCGUAUCCACUUAUGUAGGUAAGAUCGGUAUCCACUUUGGAGGUCGAAGGUUAGGGUAGAGGGUUGUUGAGUGUUGUCGUAUCGACUUAUGUAGGUAAGUCCGGUAUCCACUUUGAAGGUAGAAGGUUAGGGCAGAGGGUUGUUGAGUGUUGUCGUAUCGACUUAUGUAGGUAAGUCCAGUAUCCACUUUGGAGGUAGAAGGUUUGGGUAGAGGUUGAGUAUUAAUGUAUCCACUUAUGUAGGUAGUUAAGUGUUACCGUUCAACGUGUAUUACUGUUUGUUGCUUCAGUUGUUUUGUAUCUUGCUAUUAUACUUUCUUGUUUUCUUACAAUCCGGCGUCUAAUACUUUAUUUUGAGCCGAAUGUCUAUCAAAAAUAGCUCUCUGCCCACAUAAAGACAGGGGCAAGCUAAGGUAUGUGUACAUCCCUUUUUUAGAUCUCACUUGUAGAAUUACACCGAGUAUGCUAUUAUUGUUGUUGGAGUCCGGUAUCCACUUUGUAGCCCCAAUUAAGCUUGAUUCACCUUAUGUAAGAUCCGUUAAAAUGGAAAACGCUCCCUACCAGGAUUUUUUUUUUUCGUUCCUGGGACUCGAACCUUUUUGAGUAUGUACUUUUAUUCUUGAUUUAUUUUGUUUGUUGCAGAUUGAUGAGCAUGUUCAGAGAGAAAUCAUGAAUCAUAGGUCCUUGAGACAUCCCAACAUCAUUAAAUUCAAGGAGGUAUUUCUUACACCAACUCAUCUAGCCAUAGUGAUGGAAUAUGCUGCUGGUGGUGAGCUUUUUGAAAGAAUAAGAAAUGCUGGUAGAUUCAGUGAAGAUGAGGCAAGAUUUUUCUUUCAACAACUUAUAUCAGGAGUCAGUUAUUGUCACUCAAUGCAAAUUUGUCACAGAGAUCUCAAACUCGAAAACACACUCUUAGAUGGUAGCUCAACACCGCGCCUUAAAAUAUGCGAUUUUGGUUACUCCAAGUCAUCAGUCUUGCAUUCUCAACCCAAAUCUACUGUUGGAACUCCAGCCUAUAUCGCGCCAGAAGUCUUAUCAAGAAAAGAGUACGAUGGGAAGCUAGCAGAUGUUUGGUCUUGUGGGGUUACAUUAUAUGUGAUGUUAGUUGGUGCUUAUCCCUUUGAAGAUCCUGAAGAUCCAAGAAAUUUCAGGAAAACUUUGACAAGGAUAUUAACCGUUCAGUAUUCAAUCCCUUAUUAUGUUCGAGUUUCAAAGGAGUGUAAGCAUCUUUUAUCUCAAAUAUUUGUAGCUGAUCCUGAGAAGGUAUGAAAGUUGUAUUGAUAAAUAUACCCCUCAAUUUUGCAAUUUAAAGCAGAUAUAUUUUUUUCGUUAAAAAAGUGGUCCAUAUAUAUCUUUAUCGCCUAAUA